AUGCAUCCGGUGGCAUAUAUAUAUGGCCAAGAAUCAGAGUGCGUGGCGCCGGAGUCCCCGCGAAAGAUUUGGUGCCACGCUUCGAACAGCUCAGAAAGCCAAGCGAUGAUGCUAGCGUCGAUGUCGCAAUCACAUUACAACACAUUCCCCAGCAUAUCGCCCGCAGCGCACCGGUGCAUCGCACUGGCGGGGCCUCACGGCCACGUGCUCCUGCCCGCGUUGCUAUCCACCACACACGCGUCGGAGGAGACGGAUAUAAAACGCAUAUUGGACCGCACCGCGUUUUCGUCGCGGGCCGACGAUUCGCACGUGCCCCGGGCCGAGACGCUGCCUGCGUUCGCGGAGAUAACCGCGGGGCUAACCGCGCUUCCUCCGCUCGCGGCGCCCGCGCUGCCGGCGCUACUGGCGCCCGCCGAGCGCGCUGCAGAGAUGUCGUCCAACGCGGCGGCGGCCGUAAGCGCGGCCGUAGGCGCGGCUGGAGCCGCUAUGUCCGCGGCCCCGGUGCUGCAGACGCGGCCGGCGUCGCCCGCGGACACGCCACAACGGCCGGAGUCGGCUUCCGGGCCCGUGCGCAAGCGCCGCAGCAAGGAAGCCGCGCUGCCCAUUGAGCGCCGCCGCCGUUACAUUUGCAAGACUUGCAACAAGGGAUUCACAACCAGCGGCCACCUGGCACGCCAUAACCGCAUCCACACGGGCGAGAAGAACCACGUGUGCCCGUUCGAGGGCUGCGGCCAGCGGUUCAGCCGCCACGACAACUGCGUCCAGCACUACAAGACGCACGUGCGCCGAUCUGUGUAG